AAAAAAACCAAGGAUAAAGUGACAGUCCUCGGUGUCGGAAAAUGGCACUGUGUAUUCCUCUUCCUUCAUACCGGUUCAGACACAGACCGGUUCGUUCUUCUCUCGAACGCCAAGAACUCUUUGGUCGUAUAGCUCCUGUCUACGAUAAUUUGAAUGACUUGCUGAGUUUGGGUCAGCAUCGUAUAUGGAAAAGAAUGACUGUCUCAUGGACUGGAGCGAAAAUGGGAGACUGUGCGUUGGACUUGUGUUGUGGAAGUGGGGAUUUAGCGUUUCUUUUGUCCGAGAAAGUUGGGUCCAAUGGCAAGGUGACUGGUCUUGAUUUCUCAAAGGAGCAAUUGUCAAUUGCUUCGUGUCGGCAAGGCUUGGCCCCCAAUGCCUGCUACAACAAUAUAGAGUGGGUUGAAGGCGAUGCACUUGAGUUACCAUUUUCUGAUGGUUACUUUGAUGCCAUUACAAUGGGUUAUGGGCUACGAAAUGUGGUUGAUAAAGAAAGAGCCAUGCAGGAGAUGUUUAGAGUUCUGAAACCAGGCUCAAGAUUAUCUGUUCUUGAUUUCAAUAAAAGCACACAGCCAUUUACUAAUUUAAUUCAGGAAUGGAUGAUUGACAAUGUAGUUGUCCCAGUGGCAACUGGUUAUGGGCUUGCAAAGGAGUAUGAAUAUUUGAAAAGCUCAAUCAAGGAAUUCUUAACAGGGAAAGAGUUAGAGAGGCUUGCUUUACAAGUUGGAUUUUCUAAUGCUAGACAUUAUGAGAUUAGUGGAGGCCUCAUGGGGAACUUGGUAGCCACACGCUAGAUGCAAUCCAUGCUUGAAUGAAACUACCAAAGACAGUAGCAAUCUGGUCACCUGGGAUGGAAUGAACUGUUGGAGAGCAAUUGAAGUAGAAAUUCCUACUUUUUGGGAGUAAAAGGUGUCUUCACACUUGUUAGGUAUGGUCCUUUCAUCUAUAAAGGGUGGAUUUGUAGGUGCAGGGAGUUGCUCCUCCUUUGUUAACAUCUGUGGUGCCUUUGACAUGGUUGGUCAUAAUGACUGAAUCUCUUGGAUGCACAGAAGUCUGAUAUAUACCUCUCUUGAAAUCUCA